AUGUCCAUUGUCUCUGGCACUGGCGCUGUCCGCCUCACCGAAGAUGUGCACUCGGCCGUCCUCGCCGUCAGCCGCCGGUACGACUUCGACGCUUCCUCCUCCGACUCGGAGUCGACGCCCCUCUUCGUGCCCUUCUGCACCCUCAAGCUCGUGGACGGGUCCCAGUCCACCUUCACCAUCGACGUCUCCUCUUCAACGACUCCACACUCCUCCGCUGACGCUGGUGCUGUGCCCGCGACCUGGGAGAGCCUGGUGGCGAGCCUGCCGCGCGACCAGUGCCGCAUGGCCGUGGCCCAGGUGCCGUGGCGCGCGCACUCUGACAGCGUCGUGCGCACGCGCCUGGUGUUCCUUCUCUGGGCGCCCGACUCGACGUCGACCAAGGAGCGCAUGAUGGCGAGCAUGUUCUCCAAGGGCGCCAAGGGCCUGAUCGACCACCUGCCGGUGCAGGCCUCGGGCGUGGAUGACCUCUCGCUGGAGGACGUGGAGAACAAGAUCCGCGCCAAGGCCACCGUCAAGUAA